UGGUCGAUGUCGGAUCUCGCGUGAAGUCAGGCGAGAUACUCAUUUCCUUACAACUGCCUCGCUGCGGUCUCUGUGAAGGAUGUCAUAAGUCUGUCACAACAUCCACGCACCAUGACAAACAUCGUGUUUAUAUGUUUGUAUCUCUCACUCCUCUGUCAAGUCGGACGUUCACAGAAUGACACUACAACAUGUCCACCGCUCCAACUCGACUCGUCUCUUGUGGCUGAUGAUAACGUCACUUCCGUCCCGGCUGGUGAUGACGUCAACGUCACGUGUGAGAUUGGCUUCACCUUGCCAGACGGACAGAAGAUACAGACCCUCCACUGCCAGCCAAACAUAACAGGCAAUGCAUCAUGGGAUGUGCCCUUACAAAGCUGUUCACCCGUGACGUGUACAGUUAUCCCGGAAGUGACGAGUGCCCACGUCACGUACAGCUCGGUGACGUACAGAAGUGUCCUCUCUAUAACGUGUGCUUCAGGAAGCUCACGGGACAUCUACCCCUCCCGACUCAACCUGUCCUGCAACGCCACAGGGGACUGGGAGGUGCAGGACGUCAACACCACCAUCCUUGACUGCCUAUAUGGAAGAAACAGUUACGUGGGGUGCCUACAGCCCUUACCCGGCGUUCUGGACGUGUCCCUCCCAGCUGUUAGUAGCCACAGUCACUGUGUUCUCCACUGCAGGAAUACUAACAUGCUCUACAGUGGCUUUCAAGGAGGAGAUUGCUACUGUGGAAACCUCACAGCGUUCGGCAACAACGUGAACAACUUCGACUGUAACACGACAUGUGGAUACAACGCCGACAUCAUGUGUGGAGGAUCAGACGGAAGGAUGAGCGUCUACAUGACAUUUGAUGGCUGCUACUCCAUCACCAACUCGAGCGUCUUCGCGUCAGCAUUUAAAACUACUGGUAGAAAUUAUGAAACAUGUAAGGAAUACUGUCGUGGACUUGAUUUUCCUAUUGCCAUGGCAACUCGAUCCUACCUAUGCAAGUGCACUAACACAACGUCUGGUAUCAUUGCUGAGUCUAUCCUAGAACCCACGUGUACUUUGUCUGUGAAACAACUCGGGGAAUCAUUCAACGCCGCCACAACCGUCCGUGUCUGGACCCUAGAGCGGGAGCCCCUGUUGGCCGACAGCUGCAACAGGCUCUACAAGAGUGGCAUCUGCAUGCAUGGCGACUACUACAUCUCCAACAACACCAAGACCUACUGCCGCUUUAAUGACAACACUAUGUGCGACCAAUACUGGAUCGGAUACAACGGCAGCUGCUACCACUUCAGCAACUUCACCGCGACGUUCAACGACUCCUACAGCUACUGCCUGUCCCAGAAUGCUCACCUUGUGGUCAUACAGUCGACAGCGGAGCAGGACAUUCUGCGGGACGCAUUCGGAAACUUUCUGAAUUUCCACUCUUCAAAGGCUGCCUGGUAUGUUGGCCUGUACGACGCUCGCUCUAGCGCCUCCUUCCAGUGGACUGACGGCGGCCUCCUGUCCUACACCAACUUCCCCAGCAGCGAACCCAGUCGGCCCUUCGAGGCGCGAUGUGUGGUAGUUGCCCUCGAGGAUGACGAAUAUAGCUGGUACGACCGCCAGUGUAGUGAUGAAGACAACUUUAUCUGUGAAAACGCCAAGAUUGGUAUUACGGGUGUAUCAAAGUGACAACAACAGACCUGAGCGUGACCUUGACCCAUGAGGUCAUGACUCUGACUCUCUGUUCGCAGGAGUGUUACUCAUUGUCACGUACA